UUUCCUUUCCACGACGUGGUUUCCAAAAUGCAGAAGAAACAAAAAGAACCAAUUCAGUCCGUGCAAGUCUUCGGACGUAAAAAAAGUGCUACUGCAGUAGCUUAUUGCAAACGAGGUCGGGGAAAUCUUCGAGUAAAUGGACGUCCAUUAGAAUUGGUUGAACCUCGUGUAUUGCAAUACAAAUUACAAGAACCUAUUUUGUUACUUGGUAAAGAAAAGUUUUCUGGAGUGGACAUUAGAGUAAGAGUAAAUGGUGGUGGUCAUGUAGCACAGAUUUAUGCCAUUCGUCAGGCUAUAUCCAAGGCUCUUGUGGCAUACUAUCAGAAAUAUGUUGAUGAAGCAAGUAAAAAAGAAGUAAAAGAUAUUCUUAUUCAGUAUGACCGUACACUUUUGGUUGCUGAUCCAAGGCGAUGUGAACCAAAGAAAUUUGGUGGUCCAGGUGCCAGAGCACGAUACCAGAAAUCUUAUCGUUAACAUCUACAAAUUUUACAUUACAUUUUAUUCGUAUAAUUGAAUAAAAAACAUAAAAACAA